AUGCGGUCGACGAGCCGAGAGACGACGACGGGAAACGCACUGAGAGACGAAGCGGUCCCGAGCGGCGGCGGUGUGAAUGAAGACGCGAACCGCGCCGACGCGUCGCGCGUGACGAAUAAGCGCGAUCGCGACGGUGACCGACGACUCCUCGGUGUGACGGGGCUGAAGAAUUACGUCCAGCACGGCACGAAGCUCAUGGCGGACGAGGGGGAGUACGGGGAGCUGGAGUUGGCCAAGGCGGGGGCGAAGGGCGUGCGCGUGCGGCAACACGUCAAUCCGCUCACGUCGCGGUUUCAGGAGCAGGCACCGGCGCCGACGUGGACGGAUGCGUUUGAUGACGUCACGCGGGCGCUCACGAUCGAUGUCGGGUGCGCGGGAGGGAGGUUCGAUUUGUUGUACGCCAAGCGGAACCCGGAACGGAACGUGCUCGGGGUGGACAUUCGCGAGCCCCUGGUUGAGCGCGGGCUGUCCUGGGGCGAGGCGUCUGGGGUGUCGGGGAACGUGCACUUCGCGACGUGCAACGCGACGGUGUCAAUCGGGGAGUGGAUUAAGAAUUACCAAUCGAACGGAGCGGAGGUGGAGCUGGUGACAAUUUUGCACCCAGAUCCGCACUUCAAGAAGAGACAUCGCAAGCGGAGAAUUGUUCAGGAACGACUGGUGCGCUCCCUUGCGGAAGCGAUGAAACCUGGAACACGCGUGUACUUGCAAUCGGACGUCGAGGAGCUCACAGAGGACAUGCGCGAUAAGUUUGAGCGCUACGGCGAGGGGUGCUUUGAUUUGGAUCCAGAGUUGUACGACGUCGACGACGUGCGCGAAAAGGCGGCCAAGGCGGCGGAGGCGCCUGUAGAGAAGACCGAGAACGAUGGCGAGGACGACGGAUGGCGCUCGACGUGGGUACACGGCGGGUGGUUGAGCGAAAACCCCAUCGGUACUCCAAGUGAGCGCGAAUUGCAGACGCUCGGCGAGGGUUUGCCAGUGUUCCGAGUCAUGCUCCGUCGGACCGAGAAUGUCGCGAACCAGUGA